GUUUGUCUAUGGUCGAUGGCCGACCACGGUGUUUGAAGUUAUUGGUGCACAUUGCACAUUAUUUUUAAUUCAGUGACUUUACCAACUAUGUUUCUUUAACAAACAUAAUGCAACAGUAAUGAAACAAUUAUAACUGCAGGCAGCCAAACAGGAAUCCUGCUCAUGCACACCGGAUAACAAAAGUUUAUCAAACAAUUGAAGAACCAUCCAGUAGUAUGGAUCCAUCAUGUUCACAAAAUGGGUGCGAGAUUUAUGAUGGGACAAACGCUCCCUUCAAUAUUAUACAAGAGAUAAAGACUGAUAAUGAUCCUGCUAUUGAGAAACCAGUGACCUCGCAGAACAAUGGUAGGCAGCAAAUCGACGAUAUUGAAAGAGAAGAUUUUGAUGAAGAAAAUAGAAUCUUGAAACAUUGUUCAGGAAUGAUCGUCGAUGGUCAAAUAGAGGCACCUUCCCAUUAUUCCGGAAAUCUUUCCAGUGCUAACUCCAGUCUGGCAUCCAGUUCGGAGACUAUAUCUAAUCUGUCCAAUUUAAUACCUCAUGAUUAUAGUCUCCCUGGUUGUAGCAAAGAUGGGGAUGAUUCCAAUACUACUAUUAAGAACAUGAUCCAUUCAAAAAAAUAUGUAGUGCAUGAACAAAAAGAGGAUUUCAUGCAGAAGCUGUUGAAUAAUAAUACACAAGAAAAGAAAGAUUUCCCUAAGGGAAAGCUUUAUAAAGGAGAUAAUUUGGAUUGCGAUAAUGAUGAGGGUUGUGAUAUAGAUGGUGUGAGCGGGCCUUCAGGGAGGACCAGUUCAAACGCGUCGAGUAUAGGAAGCUCUAGUUCAGAUAGCACCAAGGGGUUCAGUGUGCCGUCCACUUCCAAUGCUGAGAAGCUGCUCGGCCUUGACGACAGCAGCAAGAAUGAGCCGGGGAGUUCUAAGUCUUCGAACUACAACUAUUGUGAUGGCGAAGAAGAUUCGGAGGAGGAGGUCGUAGAAGAGUCAUGGUGCACGUGCCUGUCGUCCCAUGAGGAUGAUGACGAGGAUGAUGAACCAGAACCAGAACCGGAAAGACUUUGGAGGAAGCGCCGUCAUGAUCCGCCUCCACCGCAGACUGUCAAGAAGUUCUGCGGAGAGACUCCGUCACCAUCAUCCUUGGCAUCCGAUGGAUGGCCUUCUCCCACUCCUAGUAGCGUCAUAGUGCCCAACCCUAGCAGCACAGUCGCCCAAGGACCACCGGAGAUCAAGUCCUGGCUUAACAGGUUCAAUAAUUGGUCCAACGUGGAGAAGAUCCAAGCUAUUGACGAGCUCAUUAGUUGCUGUGAUCCGAGCCAAGUCCGGCACAUGAUGAAGUCCAUUGAGCCACUGUUCCAGCGGGACUUCAUAUCCCUUCUGCCUAAGGAGCUCGCUUUGACUGUGCUCGGCUACUUGCAACCCAAGGAUCUGCUUAGGGCUGCCCAAACUUGUCGCUACUGGAAGUUCCUUGCGGAAGACAACCUGUUAUGGAAGGAGCAAUGUCGCCGUAUUGGUAUAACAACUUUGAAGAAGAUGCCACGCUCCCUUCCCCGCUGUGCCAGUCCUUGGAAGGCAGCUUACAUGCGACAGUAUCUGAUCGAGAACAACUGGCUGCAUAAGCCAGUUGCCUCGCCCAUCGUCAUGAGGGGCCAUGAUGACCACGUGAUCACCUGCCUGCAGUUCUACGGCAAUCGCAUCCUCAGCGGGAGUGACGACACCACGCUCAAAGUGUGGUCGGCCGUCACCGGCAAGUGUUUACGCACGCUGGUGGGUCAUUCCGGUGGCGUAUGGUCCUCCCAGAUGGUGAACGACCUAGUGAUCAGUGGCUCGACUGAUCGUACACUUCGUGUAUGGAAUGCUAAGACUGGACAAUGCCUGAAGGUCCUCGCAGGGCACACUUCUACCGUACGCUGCAUGCACCUGCACCAAAACAGGGUGGUGUCUGGAUCCCGUGACGCUACUCUCCGGGUCUGGUCCAUACCAGAAGGUCGUUGCCUCCGUGUUCUGAUUGGUCACUUGGCUGCAGUUCGAUGCGUACAAUACGAUGGUAAACUCGUUGUGUCCGGAGCCUACGAUUACUUCGUGAAGGUCUGGAACCCGGAUACCGGUGAUUGCUUGCAUACCCUCGCUGGACACACCAAUAGGGUCUACAGCCUGCAGUUUGAUGGUGUUCAUGUUGUAAGCGGCUCUUUGGAUACUUCAAUUCGCGUUUGGGAUGUAGAAUCUGGACAAUUGAAGCAUACCCUGACUGGACACCAGUCCCUUACGUCUGGUAUGGAACUGCAUUCCAAUAUCCUGGUGUCUGGCAAUGCUGACUCCACUGUUAAGGUGUGGGAUAUAACUACGGGACACUGCCUCCACACGUUGUCGGGUCCUAACAAGCACCAGUCCGCCGUCACAUGUCUUCAGUCGAGCAACCGCUUCGUCAUCACUUCUUCGGAUGACGGAACUGUCAAGCUGUGGGAUGUCCACACGGGCGAGUUCAUCCGAAACUUGGUGGAAUUGGGUUCUGGCGGCUCUGGUGGCGUUGUUUGGCGCAUUCGUGCUUCUGCUACUAAACUCAUCUGUGCUGUCGGCUCGCGCAAUGGCACUGAGGAAACGAAACUACUUGUGCUUGACUUCGAUGUGCCUGGCGCUUGCCGUAAGUGCGAUGAAUAGCAACGACUGAACCGACGCCUCUUGCGUCGCUACGCAAAUCUCUACGCGCCUUGGCACUGUUAAAGUGCAUUUUAGUGUCUGUGUCGGUCCUUAACGUGGCUGCUUGCGUCCUAUGGUUUGUCCCUUUUUUGUAUUCCCAUCUAGAUUUGUUGGAAGAAUAAGUGUGAAUGUCUCCGCUCGGUUCUGUGCUGCUGUAUAAGUUAUGGAACUCAUUUGGGCGUUAUAAGUAGUCAAGAGUAACAUAACUUAUAUAGUAUGACAUUUGACCUUAGUAUUUGACACAAACUGACGCAGCAUAAAAGCAGCAUUAUAUAAAUCCCCACCAGGCCAUGGUGGUAACGGACCAGUACAUACUCGACCUGGAGAAUGGUAUAUUUUAAUCUAGUAGUUUGUGAAGAGGCUCACCCAUAGCAGCCGAAAGUAUCACAUUAUGUAAGAUUAAAUCGAUUUUUUCAGGUCAUAAGUCUGUUACCAUCAUAGUGUUGUAAAGCAUUGUUCGGCAGGGCUCUGUAAUAAACUUUACUUCUUUACUUGACGUUCCAUGACAGCGACAUACGUCACUUGCCAUUAAAGGUCAAUGGAUGUCAAGCGAGAGAAAUAAAGUCAGCAAUUUAGGAGUGUAAGCACUUUAGAAUCUCAUACCGAAGACCCUGUAUUAGAUGUUAUCGGUACACAGUGGUGCAUAUCAUAAUAGUGUAGUGACCGAUGAUACGCUCUGUCGAAUGAUGCGUUGCGACGCGCGCGGCCGACCAGCACAGUGACGGCGACGAGAGAGGCGAGGUUCAGUCGGUUGCCUGCAAACACUCGGUGCUGCGGAGCCACCGUGAAGGUAGCACGAGGAGGCGCGAGCGUGUGAUUGUGUACCGUCGACGUGGCAAGGGGAUCAGUUGUACCCACCGGACUGUUUUUGCGCAACGUGCAAAUGGACUUAUUUUAUCUACUUUAGUCUUGCGUAACUCAAGUAUCCACGAUGUACUCAAAUAAUAAAUAAUCAAUUCAAUACCAUUACUAUAGUUCUAGUUGUUAAAAUGUUCAGUAGAUAAAAAUGGUGGCUAAACAACCAUGUCGCAUUGCCAAAUUCCUUUAUUUUUUACUCUGUGUUCCAAAGAGAUGAAAAUCGGAAUUAGAUGUUAAGUUUAUUUUUAUUUUUAAGAUGCUUCUCCGUGAUGUGUGACCCUCGGCACAGUAUAUUUUUUUAUUGUUAUUUUAAUCAUUGUUUGCUUCCUAAUUCUAUUUUAGAUAGCUAAAUUAUGUAUCAUGAAUGUAUCUAUUAUGGAUUUUUUAUUUACUACAACAAUGAAAUGUAUUUUAUUAUUUCUUUGACAUGAGACACCUGAAUUGCAAUUCAUGUUAAUUUUAUUUCUUUUAUUAAUUUCACUGAAUUCAAUUAUUCGUUAUUGUAUUGUCCAAUAAUAUUAUGUUAUUUAAUUAGUUGAUUAUUUAUUUUGUGUAAUUAUUUGUCUUUGAAUAAUACUGUGUCGUCCCCAAAUAUCUCAAUUUAAUGGCCAGCAGUUUUAUCGCUUAACUUGUUUAAUAGUCAUCUAAGAUAAUGUAUGUCUCUAAUAUUAUAAACAUUAAUAAACAUUUCAGACUUGUAAUGAUACCGAAUUAAGAUUUAAACAAUUUAAAUAAUCAUAAUUCUCGAUGGUAUUAGUAUGUGCGUAUGCAAUUGAACUUUGCGAUUUUAACGUAACGUGAUGCGGCGGGUGGCUAUAAUACAUCCGCCGCGCAUGUAUUUAUUUGUUGUAUAUAUAUAUAUACAAAUAAUAAUGUGGUCAUUGAAGGUCGCGUUUAUGUAGCCGCUACUCUUCAUAAAUGGCUGUAAUAUUAAAUAAUUAAACGAAGACUGAAGCAUAGUUAUAGUGUAAUAUUUAAAGUAUUAAAUUGUAGCUACUCCUGUACUACCGACCAUCACACUCAGCUGUCUUUGUUGUCUUUGUAUACCUUCACCUACUUUUUGUAAAACAUUCGGUCUCUUUGUUAUUAGUUUUAAGAUCAGACGCGAAACUGUCGCGGCAGUAACGGACAUGAAAUUUUAAUUAGUUACGGUUUAUUGUAGUUCUUUUUAGUUUUAAAAUGUAAUUAUUACAUUAAGUAUUUUGUAAAACCAAAAUGUUUCCAUAGCCGGGGUUAGAAAUAGAUUAGUCGUACCAUGUUGGACCCGCGCCGCGUAGCCUACAAACACUGCACAGUACGUGACUGAGUUCGCCGGUCGCAUGGACCUCGUACCUACAUUUUCCAUACAUUGCUCAAGUUUAUCAUAGUUGAAACAUAUUUCUAGCCCCGAUGUAACUACGGCAUUUUCUAUCGAAUCUUGUUAAUUUUAUUAUGUAAUUUCCAAUUCACCAACGAAUUCUGUCAAGUAAACGGGCGAGAGUGCGCCGUGUAAUUGUAACUUGCUUAAAACAUUGGGGAGAUGAGAAUAAAAUGGGGCAAUUUUGAUCACAUAAAUCGGUUAUUUUAUUGUAGCGAUUGUAGUACGGAGCGCGCGAGACGAUUCGCAACUUUACUGCUGUUCAGUAUGUACUUACUUUUAUUAAAUUGUUGUUGUUUUGUUUCCAAUCCUUAAGUUAAGGAUGUUACUGGUCUUGACGUUACUUAUAAGUAAUACUAGUUGCAAGUCGUCGCCGCGCGUGCGUGUCGCCCGUUCGAAUAUACUGACUGCACAACUGCAAGUAUGGUGGUACUAG